UGCCCUUGUAAAACACCCAUGCAAUUUUAUCUACCCAGCAACUCGCAUACGUGAGACACUCGCAACCUUUCACCUCAUAUUCCCCUCUAUUUCAUCAUCGGUGAUUUUUCGCUCUGUCAUCUUUACAUUCUCUAUUUCAUCUGCUACCUUUUCCAAAUUUUCGGGAAACUACCUCCCUUUACCCCCUGCCACAACGCCAUUACUCCUCCUCAGCAGCAACCAUGCCCCGACCGACGAGAGCAAGGGCCGUCGAGGCUCCUUCCAUGUCUAUUAGCAACUUCACGAGAGUUUCAAAGACGCACAAUUUCGUGGAUACAGCUAAGAAGGCAAUUGUAACCACCGACAUCACAAACACAACCUCCUUGAGAAAGAGGAAAGCCUCCACGACUCUCUCGCGAGACGAUGAAUCCAACAGAGCAAACUUCCUCAAGAGAAAUAUCUCUUUCUCACCCAGCGACGAAGAAGGCGAUGACAACACAAAAAGAAUGUGCCGACGAGAAGAGCCGGUACCCAUCAAAAGGCCAAUUCUCCCUGUCAAGGGCAAGCGACUCGCUCCGAAGAAAGAGGAGAGAUCACAUCGACCAGCUAAGGAAACGGUGCUUGCAGCAUCGAGACGAGACGUCAGAUCUACCCAACUCAAGAUUGAUGCCAUGUAUCAAAAGAGACAAGCGGCAGCGAAAGAGGCCAUCGAUUCGGAAGUUCAAGGUCUACCAACCGACCUGGCCGACAUGGUUAGACUGCAUCGUGCGUUUAUUAAGACGCUCAUGAUCCAGAUGGCCCACGGUCGCAACGACGUCCCCCUUGAUAUCCGAGAAAUGGCACCCAACGUCUCGCGAGCCUGGGGAAAGAGAUCCGUGACUGUUGAGGAUGUCAGACGGUGCAUUGCCAUCGAAGGCGCUGGUGAAACACCAUCGCCUUUCCACAUUACCGACUAUGGCAAUGGCAAAGUCUGCAUUGAAUUACGCACCGGUUACAGAUCAACAGAUGUUCGAGAGAAAGAUAUCUGUGCUUUAUUUAACGAGAAUCUGCGCAGAAUCUGGUCCGAGAAGUCCACCGAUCAAAUGCAAGAUGUCGAAGUACCGCUGGAUGGUCUCUCUCUUGCCGAUCUCCCACAGGCUGAAGUAAAGACUAUGAGCAUUACCAGUGCUAACCCUAUGUUUGCCAAGGGUCAAAAGACAUUGGAUGUUUUCAAGAAUGACUUGGUGGCCAAGCAGCUGGAUAAGCAAGCGAAGCAGGCAUCCAGCUCCAACAUGCUGAACGCUGAUGGUAGCAAGAUGAGUCUGCUGGAUCGCCUCCGCCAUAAGGAAAUCGCCAUGGCAUCUGCUGCGGCAGGGCCUACAGCUGCCGAUACCCAGCGCAUUGCAGCCCUGAACCGUGUUCCCGACGUUGCUGCUACUAUUUCUAUGCUGAGCUUAACAAACCCCAUCUCGUUACCGCGAUGCGCGUUUACCAUGGCAAUGAUCACGGAGAAGCUCCGUGAUUCUCUACGAGUCCCCAUGUCAAAGGAGGAGGGUAUCGCCUGUGUAAGAUUGAUUGCAAAGGAAAUUGCGCCGGAGUGGCUUAAGGUUGUAACGAUUGGAGGAAGAGAAAAUGUUGUGAUUCAACGUGGAGGCGAGCCUGUCCGCAAAACAUUGGAGGAUAGAGCUAAAAAGCUGCUUGGAUGCUAGAUUUGGGGUGGUUUCAGAGCAAGGGAGUUGUAUUGAGGGCUAUAUCCUACGGCGUUGGGUUUUUUUCUUUCACAUAGCAUGGAGUUCAGGUACAUGGUGUUGUAACACUUACUGGUGUUUGGUAUACUAUUAGUUAGAAGCACGCUUGAAGCGAGUCAAUCGUAUGGGAUUUACCAAGUAAUCACGUUCAUCUGUCACAGUCACAAUUUUGGUGUAAAUGUAGUCUGUAGUGUUUGAGCUUACGAUGCUUGUUGCCGUCGGUAGAGCAGGCAUGAUCAGUGUGGAUAGACAAGUCAAAGGACAUGGAGUUUUUGGCAUUUUUGUAUUUAUUUCCAUGGUUGCAUUUGGAUCAUUUGCGCAUUUGCCGUGCUCGUAAAGCAACAGAGACAAUUGGAC